GAUGCGCGUCGACGCUGCGCGGCCACGGAGAGAGUGAUGUUGCAUUAACAUUUGCACAGCGAUGCCAAUCAGCAGGGGCAGCAUCUGCUUAAAACCGCACCACGUAAUCCUACCGACACCCUCCCCUCCUUUUAAAUCCGCUCGCACGGCUCACCUUGCUUAAACCGAUACUUUCGGCCCCGUGGAACCGUGCGCCGAGGUUCGUUGUCUCGCGGGGCGUUUGAUGGUAGCAUGGUCUGAGGAGCACGGCAGUAGUAGUCAGUAUUUGAAGGAUCUUCCGGAAGGCUGCACACUCCAUCUCUCUCUCUCAGCACACACGCUCAAAGAUAUUUGCAUACAGAGAGUAAGCCGGGGGUACAUUGAACCAAGGAUUGACCAGGGGCCUCAGUGGUGUCGCCGCACACACAGAGACUUGUCGCCAUGGGAAAGCAGAACAGCAAACUCCGGCCAGAGAUGCUCCAGGACCUGAGGGAGAACACAGAGUUCUCUGACCACGAGCUGCAGGAGUGGUACAAGGGCUUCCUAAAGGACUGCCCCAGCGGAAACCUCAACGUGGAGGAGUUCAAGAAGAUCUACGCCAACUUCUUCCCCUACGGCGACGCCUCCAAGUUCGCUGAGCACGUCUUCCGCACCUUCGACACCAACGGCGAUGGGACGAUAGACUUCCGGGAGUUCAUCAUCGCGCUGAGCGUGACGUCACGCGGGAAGCUGGAGCAGAAGCUGAAGUGGGCCUUCAGCAUGUACGACCUGGAUGGCAACGGCUACAUCAGCCGGGAGGAGAUGCUGGAGAUUGUGCAGGCCAUCUACAAGAUGGUGUCUUCAGUGAUGAAGAUGCCAGAGGACGAGUCCACGCCAGAGAAGAGGACGGACAAGAUCUUCAGACAGAUGGACCUGAACAACGACGGCAAGCUCUCCCUGGAGGAGUUCAUCAAAGGUGCCAAAAGUGACCCCUCCAUCGUACGGCUACUGCAGUGUGACCCCAGCAGCGCGUCACAGUUCUGAGCAUCCCCCCGGAAACAGGGGAAUAUAAACACAAAAUGCAUGAAGGUUCCUGUCUUUUUUUGUGUAUCAGAGGGAAG